AUGGAUACCCAGCCGAAAAACGCUAAGCAGGCCCUGGCCGAGGACAAGUACGACGACUGUCUGUCCUGCAGAGUGACUGGAUCUGCUGCUUUUAUUGGCCUCGGAGUCUACAGCUACUACACCGGAAUGACCAAUCUCCGGAAACAAGAGAAGGCCAUCAUGCAAGGCCCCACAAAAUACAAGAUGGGCUCACGCAAGUUGGGGAUUGCCUCGAUAUCUGCGACAUUAUUGGGAAUGGGGUUGUGGCGGGCGUUUAACUGA